CACAUGUGCAUGCUUUCUUUUGGCAACAUGUCAGUUGCCGAGUGGAAUAAAUAAAAAUUCGUCCUCAAUAUUUAUUAUAUAAACUACUUUUAGUAGGAGUUAAACAAUAAGCAAACAAGUUCUUGUAUAUAAUAAUGGCAAAGUUCAAAUUGAAAAAGCCUUCCAAAAGGCAACCAGCCCGCCUGCGCUACAAAAUAGAGAAAAAAGUAAAAGCACACAACAGAAAACAGAAAAAAGAGGCAAAGAAGAGUAACAAAUCUAAAAAGCCUAAACCUGUUCAGAUUCCAAAUGUGUGUCCAUUCAAAGAAGAUAUCUUGAAAGAAGUUGAGGCGGUCAAGAAACACAAAGAAGAAGAAAAGCAGAAGAGAAAAGAGUUGGCAAAGUUAGAGAAACAAAAGAAAUUGGAGGAGAAACAAAACAGCAAAGUCAGCAUAAAUUCUUUGGUAGCAAAUGCUGAAGCGCGUGGCAAAGUCCAUGAUGUCUUCAAGGGCGGUGAAGAAAAUGAUGAUGUGGAAUUUGGUAAAGACAGGAGACAAGAGAACUCAUUGAAGACCUACUACAGGGAGUUUAAGAAGGUCAUAUCUGAAGCUGAGGUCAUCUUAGAAGUGGUGGAUGCGAGAGACCCUUUGGGAACUCGCUGCACACAAGUAGAAGAGGCAGUCAGAGACGCCGGCAAGCGUCUAGUACUAGUUCUCAACAAGGCGGACUUAGUGCCCAGAACCAACCUCUCAGCUUGGCUCAAGUACCUUCGCCGUUCCGCCCCAGCCGUGCCCUUUAAGGCGUCAACACAGGACCAGCAACAUAACCUGGGAAGAAGGAAAAUGAAACAUAUUGUUAAAGAGAAGGAGAUGAAAGGAGGAGCAUGCGUCGGUGCCGAGUUGCUGAUGAGUCUCCUGGGAAACUACUGCCGCAAUAAGGGCAUCAAGACCUCCAUCACAGUGGGUGUGGUGGGUCUGCCCAAUGUUGGGAAAAGCUCCAUCAUCAACAGUCUGAACCGUUCCAAGGCGUGCAAUGUGGGCAGCACUCCUGGGGUCACUAAACAAAUGCAGACCGUCCAACUAGACUCAAAGAUCAAGAUCCUGGACAGCCCGGGCAUAGUGUUCACUGCCGGAGCAGAGAGUGACUCCUCUGUGGCGCUCAAGAAUGCCAUCCGAGUUGGCAGCCUUAAGGACCCUGUGACUCCGGCCACGGCUAUACUACAGCGAGCCAACAAAGCCACUCUUGUGGACCUGUAUAUGAUACCAGAGUUUAGCACACCACAGGAAUUCUUCGCGUCGGUGGCGUCGCGUAUGGGUCGCUACAAAAAGGGCGGCGUGCCUGACCAGGAUGCGGCCGCCAGGAUCUUGCUCAACGAUUGGAAUACUGGCAAGGUCCGCUACUACACCGAGCCACCAGAGACGAUGGAGUCAGAAAUCCACGUGGACGCCAAAAUCGUCUCCGCCGCUGCUGCGGAGUUCGAUAUAAACGCCUUUGAGGCAAUGGAAACUGAGGUCAUGGAUGCACUCAACAAUGGCAACACCACUGAAGCUAUUAAGAUCACCAGCACCGGCCCAGUCAAAGCCCUAGACGAAAUGCAAGUCGACGAGGACGAAUCGAGUCUACUCCCAAAGACCCUCAACAUACGUUCCAAGUUAAAUAAAGAUCAUUCAGAAGCCAAACGUGCCAAAGUCGACCCAGAAAUGCUUCUAGAGGGCAACACCAAGUUAAACAAACUAAGAAAACAACAGUUUAAAAAAGAUAAGAAGAAACACGCAAGGAACGAAAAGGUGGCUGUCAAUCUAGCGGGUGUACUAGAAAAUGUCACUUUAACGUCUUUUAAGAAUAAGAAGGACGAUUAUAACUUUAAAGAGGACUUUGAUAUGUAAUAACUUUGAAUAAAAGUUAAGUUGUAUUCAAA